AUGGCACAAUACUUUAAGCAGCUAGCCAUGGCUCCUUGCUCUACAGCUGCCCGCUGCUUCUUCUUCUCCCCGUCCCCAUCUCUCCUUCUCCUAUGCUCCUUUGCAGCGCUCCACUAUCUUCCCCUCUCCUCCGCAAUCGACUCCAUCUCUGCAAACAAUUCUCUCAAAGGGAACCAGAGCAUAAUCUCAGUCGGCGGCAAUUUCAGGCUGGGCUUCUUCACGCCCACAGGAAGCUCCUCCCUCAACUUCUACAUUGGCAUCUGGUACGACAAAAUCUCCGUCUUCACUCCAGUUUGGGUGGCCAACAGAGCAACCCCCGUCAAGGACCCAACUGCAUCAGAGCUCAGAAUCUCUGGCGACGGCAACCUCGUCCUCCUCCUCCUCGACAAUUCCUCCAUUAUAUGGUCCACCAACGUCACAAUUCCCUCCGAUUCCGCCACAGUCGCUGUCAUACUCGACACCGGCAAUCUUCAACUGAGGGACGAGUCCAACUCCUCUCUCGUCUUCUGGCAGAGCUUUGAUCACCCCACUGACACUUGGCUUCCUGGAGCCAAACUUCGAUUCGACAAGCUCACCAAUCGAACACAACCCCUCACGGCCUGGAAGAGCAAAGUCGAUCCUGCUCCUGGGAUCUUCACCCUCGAGGUGGAUCCUGCAGGAACCUACCAAUGCUAUAUGCUGUGGAAUUCGUCCAGGAUAUAUUGGUCCAGUGGCCUCUGGAACGGCAAUACCUUUGGCUCCAUUCCUGAGAUAGCUCCGAGCAGGAACUUCGGCUAUGGCUACCAAUUCGUCGACAAUGAAGAGGAGUUCUAUUUCGCGUACACUAUUGAUAAUCCCAAUAUGAUCUCCAGAAAUGUUCUCGAUCAUGACUCUGGCCUGUCUCAACAAUGGACAUGGACGGAGAGUUCUAAAUCUUGGGUCUUGUAUUGGACUCAGCCUCCAUUCAGGUGCUCUGUUUUUGCGCUCUGUGGAUCUUUCAGCAGCUGCAAUGAUUUCACCUCCUCCGCUUGCAAUUGUAUCAAAGGAUUCAGGAUCAAGUCUCGGAGUGAUUGGGAUUUGGGAGACAAAACCGCUGGGUGCGAGAGGAUCACUCCCCUGCAAUGUGAGCAGAACAAUUCAAUCGAUUCUCAGAGAGAUGGCUUCUUCAUGAUGACGAAUGUGAGACUACCUGACAAAGCUGAUGCUUUGGCCAUGGCUCGAACUUCGGAAGAAUGUGAACUGGCUUGCUUGAACAAUUGCUCUUGCAAUGCUUAUUCCUAUAACACCACAGGGUGCUAUGUUUGGCACGGAGACUUGCUUAAUCUUCAAGAACAAUACAACCAACCUGAUGCAGGUACUCUUUACCUUCGCCUUUCUGCCUUGGAGCUGCAGAGCUCUGGAAGCAACAAAAACACAGUGGUAACUUGGGUCAUCGUCGGAGUCGUCUCGACAAUUGUCCUACUUUGUCUCGCCAUCGUUACCGUUUGGAUCAUGAUAUCCAAGCGGCGAUCCAGAAAAAUGAUCCAAAAUUUGAACAGAGCUCAAAGUUCUCUCGUCUCUUUCACGUACAGUGAGUUGCAGCAUGCCACAAGAAAUUUCUCAGAGAAGAUCGGGGGAGGAGGCUUCGGCUCCGUUUUCAAAGGGUCAUUGCCAGGCUCAGUUGCCAUUGCCGUGAAGAAGCUCGAAGGCCUCCGUCAAGGCGAGAAACAAUUCCGGACCGAGGUGGGCACGAUUGGCAGAAUCCAACACAUCAACCUUGUCCGUCUGCUUGGAUUUUGCUCUCAACGAUCGGAAAAGUUACUCGUGUACGAGUUCAUGCCAAACGGUUCCUUAAACUCUCACCUCUUCGAUAGAACUGCUCCUUCCACCGUCUUGACUUGGAGAACUAGAUAUCAAAUUGCUAUCGGCGUUGCGAAAGGAUUAGACUAUCUACACGAGCAAUGCAGAGACUGCAUCAUACACUGUGACAUAAAGCCAGAAAACAUUCUGCUGGAUGCUUCAUUCAAUCCUAAAGUAGCAGACUUUGGCCUCGCUAAGCUCAUGGGACGAGACUUCAGCCGCGUUGUGACGACGUUGAGAGGAACUCCAGGGUACCUUGCUCCCGAAUGGAUCACUGGCGUUGCCAUCACGACCAAAGCUGAUGUGUACAGUUAUGGCAUGAUGUUGUUGGAGAUCAUAUCUGGAAGAAGAAAUGUGGAGCAAACAGAGCAAAGUAGUGAUCUUUACUAUCAUCCAACGUCCAUGGCGAGCAAACUCAUCGCAGGUGAGGUUGCGACUGUGCUCGACGGCGGGUUGGGGCACGAAGAAGUUGACAUGGAAGAACUAGAGAGAGCUUGCAAGAUUGCUUUCUGGUGCAUUCAGAAUGAGGAGAGUUGCAGACCCACCAUGGGGCAGGUCCUUCAAGUUCUUGAAGGCGUUGUAGACGUCGACAUGCCCCCUGUUCCAAGAUCACUGCAGCUCAUUGAUAAAUCAGAAUCAGAGACCAUCAAUUUCUUUCAUUGA